AUGCCUUUGAUCGAGGUGAUUGCAAAUGAUCGGCUGGGCCGGAAAGUCCGAGUCAAAUGCAGCCCAGAUGACACUGUGGGUGACCUGAAGAAACUCAUUGCCGCCCAAACUGGUACAGACUCUAAGAAGAUUCAGCUGAAGAAAUGGUAUACGAUUUACAAGGAUCACAUCACGCUCUCAGAUUAUGAGAUCCAUGAUGGUAUGAGUUUGGAGAUGUAUUAG